AUGUCCUCUAACUUUGGCCUGCAAAACACUAACCAGGCUUCAGGGUCGCCCUUUGGUGCCCCUGCCAAUUCUGGAAACGCCAAUUCGGGAUCGGGUUUCUCGUUUGGUGGAUCUUCUGCUUUUGGCUCGCUGAACCAAAACCAACAAUCUCUGCAACUGCUGAACCAGCAACAGCCGGCGCUGUCUGUGUUUGGCGGUGCUCAAUCUACGAAUAACACGCUGGGCCAGCCUUCGGCGUUUGGCCUGGGCUCGGCUUCGGGCUCGACUGGUGGCCUUUUUGGCUCAAAUAACAACACUGGUUCAGGUUCGGGAUCAGGCGGUCUUUUUGGCCAGCAGGCUGCUUCGGGAGGCCUGGCGUUUGGUUCAAAACCGGCUGAACCUGCUAAAUCAGGCUUUUCAGGCUUUGGCCAGGCGAAUUCUGGAAGUACGGGAGGUAACGCUUUUGGGUCCUCUGCGGGUGGAUUCGGCUCUUCUGGAGGCAGUGGCGGUAUGUUUGGCCAGCAAGGUGGCUCUUCAACGGCUGCUCCUUCGUCUGGUGGUCUUUUCGGCUCGAAACCUGAAGAAAAGAAGGAAACUACUCCAUCUACACCUGCUUUUGGUGCUUCUUCUACCGCUUCACCUGCUUUUGGUGCUUCUUCUAAUACUUCUGGUGCUCCUUCAGGCGGCCUCUUUGGAGGUGCUGCUCAAAAACCUUCUUCUGGUGCUUUUGGCCAGUCUAACACAACUUCAGGUUCCUCUGGUGGUCUUUUCGGACAAAGCACUCAAAACAGCACAGAAAAGAGCUCGACGCCUACUUUCGGUUCCUCUGCAAGCACAGCCAACACUCUGGCCCCAGCAUUCUCUUUCGGUGGAUCUACAGAGAAGAAGGAUGAACUGAAUACUGAAAAUAAACCAGCUGGUGGUCUUUUUGGCGCUAAGCCAGCAGCUGCCGCUCCAAGCGGUGGCCUUUUCGGUCAACAAGAAAAGAAAGACUCGCCAGCCCCUGCUUUCAAUUUCGGUGGCAGUUCUGCUGCUUCAAAACCUGAAGCUUCUGAAAAUAAAGAAGCUGCUAAGCCAGCCUUCAAUUUUGGCGGUCUGGGUGGAUCUAAACCUGAAGAAAAGAAAGAAGGUGGUCUCUUUGGUGCCAAACCAGCUGAAAAUAAAGAAAGUGGUCUCUUUGGUGCCAAACCAGCUGAAAAGAAAGAAGGUGGUCUUUUUGGAUCCAAGCCCGAGGAGAAGAAGGAAGGCGGCCUUUUCGGCUCCAAACCUGACGAAAAGAAGGAAUUUUCUGCUCCAGCUUUCUCUUUUGGUGGAAGUAAACCCGAGGAAAAGAAGGAUUCCUCAGCACCAGCAUUCUCUUUCGGAGGUAGCAGCAAACCAGGAGAAAAGAAGGACGAUAAACCAAGUCUUUUUGGAGCUAAGCCAGAUGGCAAAACCGAUGCUAAACCAAGUCUUUUCGGAUCCAAGCCAGAAGAGAAGAAGGACGAUAAACCAAGCUUUUCAUUUGGCGGUGCUGCUGCUGGUGGAGCCAAGCCAACCUUGAGUUUCGGUGCUAAGCCCGAAGAAAAGAAGGAUGAAAAGAAGGACGACAAGCCAAAUGGUGGUUUCUCUUUCGGUAAGCCAGGUGAGUCCAAGCCAGCAGCUUCUGGAGGUCUUUUCGGAGCCAAGCCAGAGGAAAAGAAGGCCGAUGGUGCAUCUACAACUGCUCCAGCAGCUCCAGGUUCUGCCCCAAGCCAGCCACAAACCCAGACUGUCACUUCUGAAGGUCCAACUUUGAAACCAACCAAGAUAGAGCCAAUCCCCGUUUCCCUAGACAACAAGACCAUGGACGACUUGAUCACCAAGUGGUCUAAGAAGUUGACACAGACAUCAUCCAUCUUUGAAACUUACACUGACAAGGUUAAUGAAUGGGACGUGGAACUUGCCAAGAGCGCUGACGAGAUUGCCAAAUUGCAUAAAGACUCCACCGAGGUCGAAACCUUACAACAAAAGAUUGACCAGCAAUUGUUCUUUGUGGAGAGCCAGCAAGAUGAACUCGACAAGGUUUUGGACAACUACGAGCAGCAAGCAGACCUUCUUCUCAGAAACAUCGAUUUCAACAGCAACGAAGCCAACAGCGCCGCCCUCACCACCACUGGAGGCUCCAACGCCAACCUUCCCGCAUCUUCCACCAACGCUACUGAUCAAUUGAGAGAACAGGCUUACCAGAACGCCGAGUUGCUCGACGAGAGAUUGGACAGUUUGGGCGGCAACUUGGAAACCUUAAUUGGCGACAUCAACUCUGUCAGCGACGUUUUCAACAAGUCUCUCGUCAAGAACAUCGGUUCCAGAGGUGGCCAGGGCGAAGAGGCCUCCAUCGAGCUGAUUGUCAAGUUGUUGAACAUCCACCUUGAAAACUUAAAGUACAUUGAAAGCACCAAAGACACGCUUGAGCUGAAGUUGGCGCUGGUCAAGAGAAGAUAA